CAAAAGCAUGUAGACAUGAGAGCUCGAGUCUUAGAAGUGUCAGUGCAGUUCCAAGCUAGAAGAAUGAAUUUAGGAACAGGCAGUGAAGCUUAUGCUUCCCUCUGAUGGAGGGUACAAGAUUGCUUAAAACUGGUGGUAAUCAUGGAAGCUGAAGGAAUCGAGGCAAUCGAUUUAGUCUUUUGAGAUUGCAUUGCUUUCUCUCAGAGACCUCUUGGAUCUUGUAUUGCUUUGUUAUCUCCAUCCAUGGCUGUAUAAGGGCUAGUUCAUAUUUUGGAAUGCUGUUGGAGGGGUGACAGAUCAAGAAAGGCAGGACAGUUGAUCUGUGUGCUGAAAAUAGGCUGUGCAGCUCCACCUCCUUUUUGAAGUUGGUCAUCUGUUUCUCAGGAUACAAAGAAUGGAGUCAAAACCCUCAAGAAUUCCUCGCAGGAUAUCUCUUCAGGCUUCCAACUCUCCUCUAGGAUCCAGAACUGGAAACGGUUUAUCUGGUGCAUAUAGUACAAGAGAAUCUUCAUGGAGAUUAGAAUCUGGAUACCAGGAAUCCCGUGUAUUGAAUAGUUCCAGUAGAGACUGGAGUAUUGGAGAAAGGGACAGCCGUGAAACUCCUUGGAAGCUUACAGCGUCAUCUCCACCUCGCUACUCAGGGACCAUUGAUCACCCUCAUUCUGGAAGAUUUUUGGGAGGCAGAAGCAGAUUGUCUACAUCUUCUUCCUCUCAUUUCACAUCUGGGUGUUAUGGUGAGUCUGAGAGAACUCAGGGAGCAUAUUCAAGACUGCAUAGCCAGCAGCAAGAUAGUGAUUCAAAGAGACCUAAACUAUCUUGUACAUCUACCUCUUCUGUGAGAAGUAAUGGCUUGGCUGCCUUUUCAGAUUCCUCAUGGAGAUGCAGUAGGAUUCCUAGAUCUUCAUCGGUAAUGCUUGGCUCCCUUGGAACUGAUGUGAUGAGAGAGCGAACGCAGUCAGAAAGAACAGAUCUGUCUGUUAAUAAUCUGGUGGAUCCCGGCUACAGAAACAGUGACUUUUCACCUUCGACAUAUCUUCAAGACAGGCCUGCCUCUUCAUAUGCAGAGGGAGCAAGACCAAAAGAGAACUCAUUGAGCACUUUGAGGCUGAAUGCACCCGUGAACCGCCAGUUGCCUUCUGAUCAUCAGCCAUCUUUUUUCAACAGAGACUCUAACAUGAGCUCUUCAAGAUCCAGCUAUUCUUCAAGACAAAGGAGAAAUGAAUUGGAAUCUCCCCAGAGGAGUGUGCAGCCAGCAUUUUCUCUUACUGCCAUUAGAGAUGAAACCCCUUCCUCGAGUGGUUCCGAAAGGGUUUUAUCUACUCAGAGGUCACUGAAUGAGUCUGCAGCUGACAGUGAAGGGAGGCGCACAACCAGACAGCUGCUGUCUCGUUUAGCAUCUAGUAUGUCAUCUACAUUUUUCUCUCGAAGGUCUAGCCAAGACCCAUUGCCUACAAGAUCUUUAGGUUCUGAAGAGUCAAUGGUUGUCCCAAGAGUUCAAGCUACUACUCUGUCAGGUAGUAAUGGAGCUGCAACUCCGGAAGUUCCAGGACUUCAGUCAUCCGAAGCUUCUCAGGGGUUUAGUUUUCUUGGACGAAGAUGGGGUUUAUCAGGAGUUUCACAGAAUCGCAACUCUGAUUCUGAUGGGGAAAGUUACAGAUCAGACACUGAAAGUAGGAGCACAGGAUCCUGGCUGUCAUCCUCUUUGAGGAAUAGAUGUACACCUCUCUUUUCCAGAAGAAGAAGAGAAGGGAGAGAUGAAUCCGCAAGGAUCUCUACCUCUGAUACAACUGCUAGAUCACAACAUGUCUUUAGAAGGAGAGAGUCAGGUGAGGAGACCUCUCUUGAAGCAUCACAUAACCCUCCACGGGCUUCUGUUAGCAGACCAACACCUGCAGUAUCUGUUAUUUCUACAGCUACUUCCUCCCCACCAGAUUCAGCCCCCAGUGGAAGAAGUUCAGGAAUUCUGCCUGGUUCUCUCUUUCGCUUUGCAGUGCCUCCAACAUUAGGAAGCAGCCUGUCUGAUAAUCUUAUGAUAACCGUAGAUAUUAUUCCCUCUGGCUGGAAUCAGUCUGAUGGACAAGAAAGUGGAGAGUCUAAAAUACCACCUUCAAGAGACCCGGAAAGACUCCAGAAAAUUAAAGAAAGCCUGCUUUUAGAAGAUUCUGAAGACGAAGAGGGUGACUUAUGCAGAAUCUGUCAGAUGUCCUCUGCGAGUUCUGACAACCUUUUAAUAGAGCCAUGCAAAUGCACUGGAAGUCUGAAAUAUGUUCACCAGGAGUGCAUGAAAAAAUGGCUGCAGUCAAAGAUAAAUUCAGGUUCUUCUUUGGAAGCAGUGACAACUUGUGAAUUGUGCAAGGAGAAGUUGAAUCUUAAUCUGGAAGACUUUGACAUUCAUGAACUCUAUAGGGCACAUGCAAAUGAACAAGCAGACUAUGAAUUUAUCAGCUCUGGUCUCUACCUUGUAGUGUUGUUACACUUAUGCGAGCAGCGCUUUUCUGAUAUGUUAGGAACUGCAAACGAGGCCAGCACGCGUGUCAGGCUUCUGAAGAUGAUUCUGAAGACUGAUGCUGGUAGAAGUUUCAUACUGCAAGAAACAAACGGAAUUGCUGCCGAAAUGCUGAACUGGCAAGAACAUCAACAUGCAUUUGUUUUAUUCCUCUCCUUAGUAAAAUGUGCAUUGAAUAUUACUGUAGUUUUUGAAGCAUUGUUGAAUUCAAAAUCAACUGCUGCACAGUGGAGCUCACUGGACUUGAGAACUACUCAGCAUGUGUGAGGAUUAGAUACAUAGAAAGCAACUUCCCUUUUUAAAUUAUGAGGAUGUCGUGCUUUGUUUCGGAAGACAUCAGAUUCUGAAUAUUUAAGGAAGCUCUAUCCCCCUUUGUGUUUUCUUCUUACUGUAGUCAGACCUCUGGUUUUGUCUUACCAAGUUUUGCUCCUGUACUGGCACAAAGGGAUUAUAGUGGGUUUCAGGGGGAGGGUGGGGAUGCCCGUGUACUUAAAUAGAUUUUGUUUGGGUGUUCUUAAAUGCCUCUUUUGCCGCAUCGCGUAACUGAUUGCUUCCAUUGUUAAUGAAUGAACAGGAGGAUAAGCAAGAUACUGAAGAGACUGUUAGGGUUUGGGCUUAUUUGAAGAUUAUUAUUUAACUCAAAAAGCAAUAAGAACUUGCAGCGGUCUUUUAAUACUUGGUGAUGGCUUUUUUAUGUACCAGUUUGGAAAUCUGAGAUUAUAUUUGAUAUCAUGUGGCUGUUCCAUUAUGGAAUAUUGCAGGCAUAAACUCUUGCAUUUCAGCAUUCCUAGCAGAUAUGCAACUUGACAAAGACCUAAGGUUGUUUAAUUUAAUCAGACUUUUUUUAGAUCCCACCUUCACUGUUCAAAGCACUGGUUAUCAAUGUGUUUUCUAGUGUUGUCACUUCUUUAUAAAUAAAGACAAAAGAGGUAUGCAUCUCUA